AUGCCUAAACUUUUAGCAAAAGUUGAAGGCACAGGUAAUGGCAUCAAAACUGUUAUCGUCAAUGCAUCUGCAAUUGCAAAAGCUCUUAGUCGACCAACAACUUAUGUAACAAAAUUUUUUGGAUGUGAAUUAGGUGCACAAGUCCAAAUGAAUGCCAAAGAUGAUCGAUAUAUUGUUAAUGGUUCACAUGAUUGUGAAAAACUACAAAAUUUAUUGGACGCAUUUAUUAAACGAUUUGUACUUUGUCCAAAUUGUGAUAAUCCAGAAACAAGACUAGUAUGUCUUGUCUUAUAA